GUGUAUCACAGCGGGGUAUUGUCAGAGUCAAGCGGAAUCUGCCGACCCGAAUCGUCAGACUGGUGGCGGACUGAAGCUGAGGGUGUGUACACCCAGGCAGCCGGUGUCACCGUCACCGUCACUCUGUGGACGUUCUCUGUGUGAGGGAUAGAAGAGCUUCUUAAAGAAGAAGUAACAGGUCUGUGAGAGCCGGAAAUCUCGCUGCUUGUCAGGAUGCCAGUGCCGGAAUCUCGACACCUUUCGGAAUGCCGGACUCCCGACCACCGGGAUCCCGAAUAAAGCCCCCAGAGUGAUGUAACAGAGACUGAUUGUGGGAAGACACUUGGGACGUAAUGUUCUUGCUGAGUCAUUUGUAGAUUUACACAUGGCUAUUUCUAUCACUGUCUUGGACUGCGACCUGCUGCUUUAUGGCCGAGGACACCGUACACUUGAUCGAUUUCGGCUGGAUGAUGUCACCGAUGAGUACUUGGUGUCGACGUAUGGAUUUCCCCGUCCUUUUAUAGACUACUUGGUUGAGCUGUUAGGUGGCAGCCUAUCCCGACCAACUCAGCGUUCUCGAGCAAUCAGCCCCGAAACUCAGAUCAUGGCAGCUCUAGGAUUUUAUACCUCUGGUUCUUUCCAGACGCGCAUGGGUGACACAAUUGGAAUCAGUCAAGCUUCUAUGAGCCGUUGUGUUACCAACGUCACAGAGGCUUUGGUGGAAAGAGCUUCACAGUUUAUUUGUUUCCCGCAGGAGGAGGUGUCCGUACAAAGGCUUAAGGAUGACUUUUACAGCUUGGCUGGGGUUCCAGGGGUGCUAGGGAUUGCAGACUGCACACACAUAACCAUUAAAGCCCCUAAUGCAGAAGACUUGUCAUAUGUGAACAGGAAGGGCUUGCACUCACUAAACUGCCUCCUUGUGUGCGACGCUCAAGGGGUCCUUCUAUGGGCUGAGACACACCGACCCGGCAGCACACAUGACAAUGUAGUCCUACAUCAGUCCGACCUCUCUUGUCUGUUUGAGACAAAAAUGCACAAGGAAGGUUGGAUGCUCGCAGACAGCGCUUUCCUUCUCCGGCCUUGGCUCAUGACCCCAGUGCAAAUACCAGAGAGCCCCCAAGAGUAUCGUUACAACAUGGGUCACUCCGCCACUCACAGUAUCAUGGAGCGCACGCAGCGAGCUCUUCGCCAGCGUUUUCGCUGUCUGGAUGGCUCUCGGGCAACACUGCAGUACUCGCCUGACAAAUCUGCUCAGAUAGUCCUGGCUUGCUGUAUACUACACAAUAUCGCACUGCAGCAUGGCCUGGACAUCUGGUGCGAGUCUGGGACUACUGUCAUGGAGACGGAAGAGGACUGUAAUAGUAUGGAAGUAACAGAGACUGAGGCUUAUCGCAUGAGACAAGAACUUAUCCUAACUCAUUUCAGCUGACGCUGAUUAUAAGAUACAUUGCAUCAAGACUUCAUUGCUAAAACAGUUCUGACAAAUAUAAAUUGUCCACAGUUGACUUGUGGGAGUAAAUAUAAUAGCCUGUGACUUGGCGAGUCCCAAGCGAGUCUGUCAGAUGUUUUAAAGAGGCAAUCAUUUAAAAGCAAAAACUAGGAUGUAGUAGCCUACAAGUCACAGGCUGUUACAUUUCCCCCGUUACCUCCCUAGUGCAGUACAUUCCCAGUUUAGCAUGAAGUGGAUUAUGGGCCUAAAUCAAGGUUGAUUGCAAAACAACAUUGUUCUCUAAUGGGCAAAACCGUGUGCAGUGCAGGUGGGGCAGAUGUAACGUACAGAGAGAGUUGUAUUUGGGUGUGGGGUGUGUUCAAACUGAAAUCUAAAUUGCAGUGUAAAAAUAAAGCAGACAGUAUUUACCCUGCACAGAAACAAUAUAACCCACCCAAAUCUAACUCUCUCUGCACAUGGUACAUCUGACCCACCUGCAGUGCACAUGGUUUUGCCUAUUAGAGGAAAAUGAUGUUGUGCAAUCAACCUUGAAUUAGUCCCUAUGUCCACAGGAAAUGGGACAGUCAGGGAUGAAGCAUUUUAUAGUAAUCUUUGGUUGGACAUGUACAUUUCUAACACAUUAAAGGAAAGGUAAUAGUAUUGUAUAUAUGGGUUGUGUGAUCACAUAGAAGACACCCACAUGUAGCAUAAAUGUAUAAUAUACAAGUUAAUAUUUUUUUGAACAUCUAAAUAAAUU